UGCUGCUGCAGCCGACGCCGACGCCGCCUUUGAGUCACCAGCAGCAGCAGCAUCAUCAGGAGCAGCAGAGAGGCGCCUCUGCGCCCGGAGGCCAGCGCCUGCUGCUGCCGCUGCCGCUGCUGCCAGUCCCUCGUCUGCCCAGGAGGCCCCUGCAGAGCCAGGCAGGCAGCGAAGCCACAGACGGAGCGGAGAGACCCACGCCUUUGGCCCCGGCUGCAAAGAAUUGUGUUGUUCUGCAGAAUCUUCUGCUAGAUUACAAAGAUACAGAAGGUUUCGAAGGUCUUGGAAUUAAGUGAGCAAUUCUCACAGCCUUGGCAAAGGGUCAGCUGCUUUACUUCAAGGGGGAAACACAAGUUUAAAAGUUCUCUACUUUGCAAAAUUUUGUUUCUCAGAAGGUAGCCACAGUGGUGUGAAUUUACAAGUGAUGCCUGAGGCAAUAAUGUGACAUAGAUGACACCUAAGGAUUUUUGACAGAAGAACAACACAGACUUGUGGACUAUUUUUAGAUCUCCCCCCCCUCCUUUUUCUUUUUUACAAAGACUCUCCCCCAACCAACUCUGCCAAAGUAUGCCAGCCAAAACCCCCAUCUACCUGAAAGCUGACAACAAUAAGAAAGGGAAGAAAUUCAAGCUGAGAGAUAUUUUGUCUCCUGAUAUGAUCAGCCCGCCUCUGGGGGAUUUUCGACACACAAUCCAUAUCGGGAAAGAAGGGCAACACGAUGUAUUUGGAGACAUCUCAUUUUUGCAAGGAAAUUACGAGCUCUUACCUGGGAAUGAAGGAGAAACUGCCAGCCAGUGUGAAGGCCACAGUGAAUUCCUGCGGGCAAACAGCACCUCUGACUCUGUGUUUACUGAAACGCCUUCUCCAGUGCUCAAAAAUGCCAUAUCACUUCCUGCCAUCGGUGGUUCUCAAGCCCUCAUGCUGCCCUUGUUGUCACCGGUGACAUUUAAUUCAAAGCAGGACUCUUUGGGGCCAUUAAGGAAUCCCAGGCAUAGCUGUGAGCCUGUAAUGGAAGAAAAGUUACAGGAGAAAAGCAAACACUUGGAGAAUGGGAAAAUGUACAAAGAUGCCAUCACAUGGGAGCGGAAUGCCCCACCAUCCCAUUAUACUAACGGAAGAGACAGUCAUUCAUCUAGCCUUUCAGAACAAUACACUGAAUGGCAAGCAGAGGAAUUAUUUGACCACAGCCAUCUUUCAUGUGAUUUCACCAAGACUCAGCAGUCUCAGCCUAAACCAGAUGACUCCCUUUCAGAUCUGGCAGAGCCUCUCCUUUCUUUGAAACUUGAUCUUGGACCUUCACUUUUGGAUGAAGUGCUCAGUGUAAUGGACAAAAACAAAUCAUAGAACUUGCUGCUCUUUAAAUAACCUCAGUUAUUAAUAUAAACACAACUGAAAAUGUAUGGGCAUCCUCCAUCUAAAGCUACAACAAUUGCGACUGUAAUCUAACACACACUCCAUAUGGAAUAAGGCUGAAUAAACUCAGAAGGCCUUCCUUCUCGGGAUACAUUGGUGCACGUCCAUUGAUUUCAAUGGGAGAUCUAAGUAAAUGUUUAAACCUCACCCACUGAAAACAAAUGGGAUUUAAAUACACUUGACUUUGGAUGGAUUAUGUUUUGUGUGUGUGUGUGUAUCAACUCUCUUUGCAGUUGACAGGUUUUCUAAAAACAAAUAACUUAAAACUAUUUUUGUACACAAUUUCCAUGGUUUUUUAAUAUGGCAAACGUCUCAUAAUGAGGACAUAUUUUAACAUCAUAAUUUUCAGCUGAAUUUAAAUGUUUUAUAGGAGCCAAGAGGAUGUUGCCACUGUGAUAUCUGGAUAGAUUCUGCAAGAUAGGAUCAGUAACUCAAUUCAUUUUUUAAAAAUCUUUUGGUUCUCAAGGAUCCCAUAUGUUCCAGGCAGCAGAUUUAUGAAGAGAAGGUUAAAUGUUAAUUAGUUCAAUAUUACUUAAUCUGGAACUGCUCUCUUUCCCAGAAUGAUAGUGUGUUGGUUUUGGUUUUUUUAAAAAAUAGAAGCAGUAUUCUUCAUUCUGGCUGCACUGUUAUUGAUAAGUAUUAAUGCUUAGCUCUGUACCCAGAUGGGAAUGGCUUUUUGUUGUUGUUGUUGAUGAUGAUGAUUUGUUAUGAGAAGUAUACAUGGUCAAUAUAAACUGAUGCCACUGAGGUUACUUGAGCUUCAUGUAUGAGGUUUUACCUUAAGCUUGAAAACAAUGCUUUCUUGGACUAUAUGUCCUGGAUGUUCCAGUCAUCAUAGCCAGUGGGAUUCUGGGUGUUGUAAUUCAAAAAAGUAAUUUUUUCAAGCUCCAUCCUCUCACAUGUAUUCUGUCUUGGACAAUCCCAUUUAAAAAAGAUGGAAAGGCAAACUUGUUUGUUUUUAUGCACAUUAAAUACAUUAAACACACACACACACACACACACAGAGGAUUGUACCAGAAAGCUAUUGUUUGACCAUUUUUUGGAAAGCCUUUGUAUAAACUGUAUAUUUGUGCGUGUUUGCAGAAUUAUGUAUUUGUUCUCUUAGCUUUGUUCAUUCAGACAUACUCACAAAUUCUUAAAAUUUUGCAAUGGAUUGUUUUUAUGGUUUUAUGGUUUAAGAGAAAGUACCCAGCUCUCUCAAUGUUCAUAGGAGAUUGUGUUGCAGCAGUUGGUAUUUCAGGGACUAUAAAGAUGUUCCUGCAUUGCGUAGAUACUUUGUGCAAUACAAUAAAGAAAUAAAUGUGGAAA